AUGGCCCAGUCCAAUAUAAUCUGCCUCGGCUCGGAAAGCUUCACCGCGGUGUUCGCCAGCAUUCUCGAUGCAUACCGCCCGAUCCUGGAAAAAGACGACCCGCUUUUCAUAGGAGACGGAGAUCCCCUAGGCAUCAUUGACCUACGCCGUGGGAGGGUGCACGGGCUGAACGGGACAUACUUCAGGGACACUUUGACGGCAAGAUGCAACGAGUCGCACAUGGACCUGUUCUUCCCCCUCAGAGUGGAGAGACCUCGCAUCGUCUAUGACGUGAGGCAGGCGAUGCGCGAGCUGCCACUCAGGGGUGAGCUCCACAUCGACAUGGACCUAAUCGAGUUCGACAUUGGGCUUCUGGUGGCGAAGAAGAAGGGACAGAGCCGACCCCUGGUGACGCAUCUCGACAUUAACAGACUGGACGGCUUCGGGAUGACCUUCCACCGAAUGGGCCUGCUCGGCGCGAUUCUCAACUUGGCCGUCGAGACGGCGCACAGUGUCUAUGGCCAGCCUCUCGAAGACUUCUUCGAGAUUUUGCUACGGAGGGCAUUGCAGAGAUACGCUGAUAACAAUCCACUCCCCAUAUAA